GCGGCGGCGCCGGCCUCCGCGUACGGCCUGGGCGAUGGCGGCGCGCCGGCGGGCGCUCGCUCCCUGAGCGGGGAGCCGCACGGCGGACGAUGGCGUCGCUCGUGCCGGCUGCUGCGGCGGAGCAGGCGCCGGGCGCCGAGGCGGAGCCAGGCCCGCCGCCGGCGCCGCCCGGGGCCCUGCUGCCGCUGGCGCGGGAGCCGCUGUACAACUGGCAGGCGACCAAGGCGUCGCUGCGGGAGCGCUUCGCCUUCCUCUUCAACUCGGAGCUGCUGAGCGACGUUCGCUUCGUGCUGGGCAAGGCCCGCGCCGCCGCCGGGGCCGCGCCGCGUGCGCCCGCGCAGCGCAUCCCCGCGCACCGUUUCGUGCUGGCGGCCGGCAGCGCCGUCUUCGACGCCAUGUUCAACGGCGGCAUGGCCACCACGUCGGCGGAGAUCGAGCUGCCGGACGUGGAGCCCGCGGCGUUCCUGGCGCUGCUGCGAUUUCUGUAUUCAGAUGAAGUUCAAAUUGGCCCAGAAACAGUGAUGACAACACUUUAUACUGCUAAGAAGUACGCAGUCCCUGCCUUGGAAGCUCACUGUGUGGAGUUUCUCACCAAGCACCUUAGGGCAGACAACGCUUUCAUGUUGCUUACUCAGGCUCGAUUAUUUGAUGAACCUCAGCUUGCUAGUCUCUGUCUAGACACGAUAGACAAAAGCACGAUGGAUGCACUAAGUGCAGAGGGGUUUACUGAUAUUGAUAUAGACACACUAUGUGCAGUUCUAGAAAGAGAUACACUCAGUAUUCGAGAAAGCCGACUUUUUGGAGCUGUUGUACGCUGGGCAGAAGCAGAAUGUCAAAGACAGCAGUUGCCUGUGACUUUCGCCAACAAACAGAAAGUCCUGGGAAAAGCACUUUCCUUAAUCCGGUUCCCUCUGAUGACAAUUGAGGAAUUUGCAGCGGGGCCUGCUCAGUCUGGGAUUUUGUCAGACCGGGAGGUGGUGACGCUCUUCCUUCACUUCACGGUGAAUCCGAAGCCACGGGUGGGCUACAUUGACCGCCCCCGCUGCUGCCUGCGUGGGAAGGAGUGCUGUGUCAACAGGUUCCAACAAGUGGAGAGUCGCUGGGGCUAUAGCGGGACCAGCGACCGGAUCAGGUUCACAGUUAACAGAAGAAUCUCUGUGGUCGGAUUUGGCUUGUAUGGGUCUAUUCAUGGUCCUACGGAUUAUCAAGUGAACAUACAGAUCAUUGAAUAUGAAAAGAAACAAACCCUGGGACAAAAUGAUACUGGAUUUAGUUGUGAUGGGACUGCUAACACAUUCAGGGUCAUGUUCAAAGAACCUAUAGAGAUCCUGCCCAACGUGUGCUACACCGCAUGUGCAACACUCAAAGGCCCAGACUCUCACUAUGGCACAAAAGGAUUGAAGAAAGUUGUGCAUGAGACGCCUGCUGCAAACAAGACUGUCUUCUUCUUCUUCAGUUCCCCUGGCAAUAAUAAUGGUACCUCCAUAGAAGAUGGGCAGAUACCAGAAAUAAUAUUUUAUACAUAGUGUAGAUUUUAAUGCAUUCUGCUAAGUGGUACCAUACAGGCUUGUCUCAAAAGCAUAAAUAUAACUGGCCACAAAAAAAUAGUUUGUCAUGAAUAUUUAUAAUUGUAGGAUCAGAAACAUUUUAGUUUCUUCGAGGAAGUAGAAAAAUGCUGAUUUAAAUAUCUGCAUGAUUUGAAAGCAGAUUUUUCAUUUAUAACCCUAGGGGGAAAGAGAACUGGGGUUAAUUGUAUAAAGAAAAGCACAGAUAGUUCAGUCUCAUCUUGAAUUUCAUAGAUCAACUGACUCAUGGUCUUUCAAUGGUUUUGGAAUUGAAAGAUAGUCUUGUUUAUGUAGCAGAGUUAAAAAAUGUUUUAACUAUUUUAAAGGUUAGCAAGAUGGGUCAGUAUUCCUACAAAAUUCUUAUUAACUAAUUUCAGAAAGUUAAGAAAAUUUGACUUUAUUUUUUGGGUUUUGAAACACCUGGUUGUUAGCAUUUGAAACAACCCUAAACAUAGGUCUAAUAAAUGUGCAAUGCAUUGAAAAUGUCCAGUGCACUUACAGAUAAGGAUGUUUUAUAAUAGUAUAGGAAUGUAUUGCAUAGUACAGUUUUAUAGAUAUAAGUGGAGUUUGUAUAAAUUCACAAUAAUGUGAUAUAAAAGAGGAUCUAAACGUGUAGUCUGAGACUGGAUUCUUUCUCACUAAACUGUACCAGUGCACAUGCCUGCCAUGGGGGAUGGAUAUGCCAGUGAUCCCAGGAUGGAGGGCGGAGUGGUGGUGGUGGGAUAAGGGGGCAGUACCAUUCAUUCCUAACAACCAUGGCCCAACAGAGUCAUGUCCACAAUGAUGCUUUUGUGAUGCAAGGUUCUACCAACAAAAUAACAUGCUUCAUCUUCAAGACCUCGUAGAGGUGCCUGGCACCUCAGGUGUGGAUAGAGGUAACAUGCAUUUUUAUAUAAAGCCAAUUUUCAAAACAUAAACAGAUAUUGUCCCCUUGAAAGCCACUUCCCAUAAAUGCAUUUUUAAAAGUGUGGUUGUGGAAGGUAAUUAAAGGUCAGCAUUUUUUGCACUUUCAACUUCAAAAAAAAUUUCUAACUUGCAUAUAAAAUUUUUUCAUCAAAAGUUUUAUAUCCUUGAGAUAUAAAACAUUGUUGUGGUCAUGGUGACAUGAAAUGGCUAAAGGAAAAGGAAAUUCUGGCCAGUACCUGGCAUGGCCUUCCCAAAUAAACCUUAGCUUAACUGGACAAUUGAGCCAAUGCUCUGCAGUGACCACUGCAGAAGACACAUCUGCCUUUAGGAGCAGGGAAUGUGGAGAGGUGUGAAUGUUCUUUGCCUUUUGGGGUGUUUCACAUGUCUUGUGUGUGUUACUGAAUGACAACAGAAUGUACCUACAGAAGGUACAAGAAAUAGUUCAACAUUAGGGCUGUAUCUGGAGUUUUGAAAAAAUAAAUGUCUGCUAUCCUUU